AUGAUGUCAAAGCUGGUUAGCUGGUGGCGGCGCUCGUUGCAGCGACGGCCGGUUCUCACGAACACGCUUGUAUACGCCACGUUCUAUACAGCUGCAGAACUCUCCCAGCAGACCUUCAACAAAAUCAACUCGCCUGAGAAGCCGGAGCUCGACCUAGCAGCGGCAGGGCGCAUUGUUGCUGUAGGCAGUUGCUUAUAUGCGCCUACUCUUUAUUUUUGGUACAAAUUUCUUGACAGAAAAUUUGUGGGCACGUCUGUAAGGGUGGUGGCCACAAAAGUUGCGUCCGAUCAAGUAAUUAUGACGCCUAUCCUGCUUGGCGCGUUUUAUACUCUAAUGGGUAUAGCUGAACGCAAAGAAGAUAUCUUUGAAGAGCUCAGAGAGAAGUAUUGGAUGACAUUUAUUGCCAACCAAGUGUUUUGGAUUCCAGGGCAGACAAUAAACUUCUUCUUCGUACCCUCUAAUUUGAGGGUUGUCUAUGUGGCUUCUGCUUCUUUCAUAUGGAUCAAUGUUUUAUGCUUUAUCAAAAGGCAGAAGAAGAUAACAUAA